AUGUUUGUGCGAUCCGUCUUGCUAGGUGGCGCCGCUGCUCUUGGCGCUGGCGCCAUGCUCGUUGUCCCCGAGAUGGAACCUAAAGUCGAUAUGAUUGAGGAUGGAUUUGUGAAUGUCCACCCUAUGCUUAUGCAGGACGUUCAUCAUGCGAUUGUUGACCUGCCUUGCUCUGAAUGCCCUCUCCGUGAAACCAACGACGAAGGUGUUGUUAACUGGACGGAGGGCAAACCAUCGUCUCUAACUCUGGAUUUCUCGAUCGAAGAUAACCGCCUACUGGCCAACGGCCGUCAAAUAUUCCCACCGGCCCCGCCCAUUCCAAUUCUUGCUGUGCAACAAAAUGAAGAGGGCAAGGAGUCCAAUCCCAUGCCUGUUGGAUAUGCGCUUGAAAUUAUGCCGAUGGCUGCACCAUCUGACGAGCCGGGCUAUGAACUGUUGGAUAUUCGAUUCACCGUUCUCGACUUGGAGACCCACCCAGUCCCCGUCGACACCGUUGCGAUCACCGUUCUGCAGGAUCCCAACGGCGAGCUCUUCAUCGCCCGGACUGAAAUCGAAAACACCGCCCCAGCCUCCGACCGCUUAUCUUGGAAGGAGUGCCAUGGCAAGGCUAAAUGCCUGCAGGAACUUAUGGUCUCUCGCAUUCGGGGCCUUUUGGCUGGGGCCAAGGCUCGUGUGAUGGGCAUGGCCAAAGCCGGCCGCAAGAGCUGCCAUGACAAGUUCAAUGGCAAGACAAUGGGCCACCACGAAGAAGGCUCUGGGCGUGAAAUGGUUGGCCCCGGUGGCCACCAUGCCCAUUCCCAUGGCUCCGCUCGUCCCCACAAGCACCACCCACACCAUGGUGCUUUCGCUCGCGCUUUCUCUCGCAUUGUCCACUUUAUCGUUGUCCCAGCCGUUCUAGGUGUCCUAGCCGGGUUGACUGCAAGUGCUAUUGGCAUGCUAGUCGGCCAGGCUGUAGUUUUCCUCUGGCAACGCUACCGCGGCACCACUUCUGCGGAGCACAAGGCAGCUUGGGAGGAUGGCGAGGCCUGCGAAAAGCAGGGCCUCAUGACCAUCCCUCGUUCCUCUGAGGAGGUCCUUCCUGAAUACACUGAGUCUUCUGAGGCCCGAGGAUCACUCGACAAGAACUAG